GGGCGGCUAAAGCGACGUGUCCUUGUCCCCCGUGGACAGCCCUGGUGCGUGCGGUCGCUGAUCCCCAGGUAACGGGGUAGGGGUCGGCGGUGGGGGAGCCGCGGGGAGAGGACCCAGGUCAGGGCCCGUGAGGUCUGGAGAGGAACCUGGGUGGGAGGUCUGGGCCCAGAGCCCUGACUAGGCCCCUCCACGGCUUAGCCAGGGGGCUGCUGCAGGCGCUGGCCACCGUGGACCUCUGCUCACCCAUGUCUACCGCAGCUGGCCCAGUGCUGUCCCUGCGUGUGACAUGCAGCCGGGCAGUGCAGUCGAUGCGGUGGCCUCAAUCGGGGCCAGUCGGUCAGGGCACCUCGGAGCUGGGAAGGGGUUACAGCGCUCAGUGGCCUGACUCCUAAACCCAGGAGGCACUUGGGGGCCUUGAGAAGCAGCAGCCAGAGAAAAGUCCGGGGCUCCGGACGCCUCACUCAGGGGGAGAGGGGGCCGCCAGGUCAGGGAAAGGUUUGAGGGGUCACCAUGAAAUCAAACAGGAACAUGGGGGUGUGUGGGGCCAGCUUGGGGCUCCGUGUGUCAAUGAGAAGCAGCCUGGGGUCACUGUGCACCAAGCGGUCAGCGGCCACUGGGCAGCGAGGAGGCUGCUGUGGGCAGCUGCCCUGAGUGUCCGCUGGCUGUUCAAGUGUCCACUGGCCCACCGAGUGACCACGGGGUGGCCUGUGUUCUGGAUUUCAGCUCCAAGGGCCCCCCUCAGAGCCACCACCCCCUGGGACAACCAGUCUGGAGCCAUGAAGACCAAGAACCGGCCCCCCAGGCGCCGGGUGCCUCCGCAGAACACAGAGGCCACCCCAGGGGAGCAGACCCCCGACAGGCCCCAGCCGGGCUCCGGGGCCCCGCUGACGCUGAACAACGCCUUCCAGGCGCUGCGCGAGGUCAUCCCGCACGUGCGCGCCGACAAGAAACUCUCCAAGAUCGAGACCCUCACGCUGGCCAAGAACUACAUCAAGUCGCUGACGUCCACCAUCCUGACCAUGUCCAGCGGUCGCCUCCCGGGCCUGGAGGGACCUGGCCCUAAGCUCUACCAGCACUACCAGCAGCAGCAGGCGGCCGGGGGCGCCCUGGGGGCCCCGGAGGCCCAGCCCGAGGGCCACCUGCACAAGUACUCCACACAGAUCCACAGCUUCCGGGAGGGCUCCUAGCACCCGCCCUGGGCCCGCCACGAGCCCCAGGCUGGUGGCGACAUCCCCACGUGGACGUGGCCCCCGGGGCUUCAUCUUCCCUGAACACUCCGCUGCCUUUCCGGAUGGAGCACGUGGGCCCCGGACCUGUCUUUCCAUUGACUAGACAGGAGUUGACAGGCCUCUGUAGGUAGAUUCUCGUCUCUGCUGGCUCCCUCCUGGAGCAAGGGAGGUCCCCGGGAAAGGCGUCCUGGGUAAGUUCCCCCAGUCACUCCUGCAGCCCAGGCCCAGGAAGGGACCGCCUCCAACCUGCAUCAGAGCCUCCUCACCGGGUAAACUGAGGCACAAAGCAAGUAAAGCUCAGGGCCACUUGGGGAGUGUGGCUGAGCCAAGAUGGUUGAAGCGAGUUCAGCAUCUGUGUUAGACAGAAUCCCUCAUCAGACGACCUCAAAGGAACGGGGAAAGGGACCUUCAGAGGGGACGUCCGGGAGGGGCUGGGAUCUUUUCCUGCCUCCUGUGCUGGAGGCUCCUGACUGCGGAGGGGCUGAGUGGGUCAGAGGGUCUGUGGCCUGGUGCUGAGGGGCAGGGGCAGGACGGGAGAGAGGCCACUGGGCUCUGCUCCGCUGGGAGGCUGGGCCUCUCAGCCCUGGCCCUUUGGGCAGGUUGUGUCCCCACGCCUCCCUCGGGGCCCACCCAGGUUUGCUGCUCGUUGUCAUAGUCGUCGCUGACUGUGUGGUCUGUUAGGACUUUAGGAUGUUGGGUCCUGGUUGGGGUUGGGGGCCCUGUGGGGCGCCCUUGGGAGAGCCUGGGUGGCAGGAGCUCCCUCCCCCACCCGGUGCUGCUCUGCAAAGACAGGACUGGCAUCUUGGCAGGUCUCCGCAGCCCUGGGCCAAGCUUCCUUCUGUGUUCCUGCCCCGCUGGCUUCAGCAGGCUUGGCGACUUUGUCCUCCAGCCCACAGCCAACAUGGGGAGGGGGCAGGGCCCUUGGCAGCCUCAGGCCGGAACCACAGUGACAGGGGCUGGGGUGAGGGUAGAGUUGGCCUGGCACGUGGGGCCCAGUCCCCUGCCGGCCCUCCUGGGCAUUGCAGAUGGGGGAUGGCUGGGCGGGGAGUGGGCUGUACAGCCCAGGACCUGUUCGUGAUGCGUGCCCUCACUGUCAAGUCCAGGCCCAGCCAUUUCAUGCAUCCCUGGGCUGUGUGUCAGCCCUGGUAGCACCAAGAACAGAGGGUGGCACCCCUCGAAACAGCCAGUGGCCACUUACCUGGUCAGACACUGGCCGGGCCCUCCCUAGGCCCCAGUGCAGGCCCCUCUGGAAGGUGGCCCUGGGAGCCGUCAGCGCUGGUCAGGUGAGGGCCCAGGUGCGCCUGGACUGCCCUCAGGCAUGGCUGCUGGGGAAGGUGAGUGGCGGUCAGGACAACCCGCCAAUGGGACCUGAGGUGGAGAGCAACUCCGAGCUCGGGACCCUGCUGACGGCCUGCUGGCUGAACACAACAGGUGAGGCCGCAAACCUGUGGUUCUUGUCCUGGCUGAGCCAGAGGCCAGAGCAGGGCUCCGUCCGCCCCUGAACUUGCUGAGCGAACCGACAAACUGAGCCGGAAGCACAGGGAGGGCACCCAGCAGUGCCCUCUGUCCGGGAGAGGGUGCCGGGCGCGGGAGGGCCUGCGCCACCGCCUUGUAGGACGACAGCCGUGGGGCUGUUGCUCUCGGUCCCUGAUGUUCACCUGCACCUCCUCUGUUCCCCAGAGGGUGACCCGGGCCCACAUGCCAAUCCUUCACCAGAGGCCGGAGGGCACUUGCACGCCCUGUGGCCACAUCACAAAGGGUUUUUAAAGGUCUCAGUUCCGCUUCGGGGGUGUUACCUACGGGGGCGUGAGGGCACAGGUCUGGUGAGAGGCCUGCUGCUGAGUCUGCUCCCUCGACCCUCACUGUGGACCCGAAGCCCAGCGGGACUCACCUGUCCUUGGAGGAGCCCUGGCGCCUGGCCCCCUCCUGGGCCGUGGACCUGCCUGCAGACCAGACAGCCCUGAGGCGAAAGCCAUGGGCGGAGCAACCAGAACGUCCACUUCUCUGCCUGGGAAAACCCCUGGACGGAACGGCCCGGGCGGUAAUUGUGGUGAAAACGUUUCUUCAAUGACCCAAAUUUGGUUUUUAUUUUCCCUAAUGGCCCCUUCAAAGUACUCAUGAAAUUGAUGUUGUGUCACAAAACGAAAAUAAAAGAUUUCACAGCAGUUUGCAUUCCAGCACGGGAACUGCUCGUUGUACACGAUUGUAGCCACAGAAAAGUCUCGCCACUCACACUCUGGUGUAAGUUUUAAUUGGAUAAAGCAUCUGGGACUCAGUGAUGCUGAGCAGGUGAACAGGUGGUGCUCAGCAGUGAGAGGACACAGGGUCCCUAGAGGAAGGGCAGGGUGAGACCAGCCAGGGGACUCAGCGAGGACAGCAGCUGCUGUAGAUGAACCUUAAUGCCCAUGCAGACCCUGACGAAGGGAUGUAAACAGACCGAGACCGGCAACCCCACACGGCCCCUCUGGGCCCUGGGCCGACUCACGCCUCCUGGUCCCACCUACAAAUGCAGAGGCUGCUGGCACCCUCAGAUGUCCCCGGGGAGGGCACCCCGAAGGAGGUAGUGCACCCUCCUGCCAGCAUGUGGGGGAAGCCCCUGGGAAGGGCUAUGUGGUCACGCUCCACCGUCCCAGCCGUCCUUCCGCCGGGCCAGGUGGGGCCCACGUGCGCCUGGACUGCUCUCGGGUGCGGCUACUCAGGAAGGUGCAUGGUGGUCAGGACAACCCACCGAUGGGACCUGAGGGUGGGAGCAACUCUGAGCUCUGGACUGGCUGUAGGAAGCAAACCGGGGCCUUCACCAAUGGGUGUUGUCGGAUAAAAAGCAGCCGGAAGCUGCAGGACAGGAGGCGGACGCUGGGGAGGUGCCCUCCUACCGCCUGGCUGGGUCUCCGUCUCCAUCCUGCCCCUCCCCUGCAACAUGAUCAGAAGUAAAAGAUGCCCCAGCCCCCAGCCCCACCGGGGAGGGGCCAGCUGAGCACUCCAACCACUUCUCCCAGGCCCCUCCGUCCUCGGUCCACCCCGGGGGCCCAUGCCCACCUGGGGAAGGUGACACCUCUCCAGCAUUUAUUUCGGACCUGCCAACUCCGCCCUUGACCUUUGGAAUGAGACCGUAUCUGCAAGUCCCGUGCUGAGAAACCACCACAGCGUGGGCCACGGCCCUGAGCCCUCAGCUAUUUCUGCGUUUGGACCCCCUGGGCCACCGGGGCUCUUUGUGGGCGUGGCUUUCCCAGGGGCCAGCCUUCCUGGAAGGUUCCAGGCUCUAGGUUCCCGCCCUGGAAAGGGGGGAGGCGG